UUUGAGACAUGUGAGUCAGCAGGCAUGCUUCCUCUUUGACUCAGCAGCUACAGCACAUCCUGCAUGUAUAAAAGAGGCAGGACGGAUCUGUGAGGCCCACACUCGACUUAUCACUCAGAGGAAGUGACACUCAUCAAGAGAACAAGCUCCAAACAGCAUAACCAAGAGAAGACUUCAGUCUAUCACAGUCUGCAGAGAUGGAGAACAUGAAGAGUGCAAGGACAUAUAACGCAGAGGAACCUGGCAGUGAUUUAUCGGAGCAGAUUAAAUUAGCCACAAAGGACACCCACAUCAGAGCAGAAAACACACAGCUCAUGUUGAGUUACCAGAAGGGACAGAUCACCCUGCCACAGUACAAGGUCCUGCUGUGUUCCCUGUAUGAGAUCUACGUGGCUCUAGAAGAGGAGAUGGAUAGAAACUCUUCCCAUCCAGCGGUUGCACCCAUUUACUUUCCUCAGGAACUUGCCCGCGUUGAAUCUCUGGAAAGCGACCUGGAGUAUUUUUUUGGCUCAGACUGGAGAAAGAGGGUGAUUGUUCCCGCUGCCACACACAGAUACGUACAGAGACUGCGACAGGUUGGCAAAGAGAACCCAGGGCUUUUGGUGGCCCACGCCUACACUCGCUAUCUCGGUGAUCUGUCAGGAGGACAAGUGCUGGGGAAAAUCACUCAGAAAUCUCUGGGGCUGAGCAGUAAGGAGGGGCUGGCGUUUUUCUCCUUCCCCGGGGUCACUAGCCCCAACCGCUUCAAACAGCUGUACAGGAGCCGCAUGAACAGCAUCGAGCUGAAUGACAAGGAGAAGAGGGCGAUGCUGGAGGAGGCGGUUGCUUCCUUUGAGUUCAACAUCCAGGUUUUCGAUGACUUGCAAAAAAUGCUGAGUGUCACAACAGACCCGGUGGACCAAUCCCAGAACAACGCUGUCAACUUCCCCUCUUCGCCCCUCAUGAGGAUCACUGUGGGAUUUUGCAUCGCUCUGGCCUCCGUGGGCGUGGGAUUCUAUGCUUUGUAGUCUUUGCCAGCACUUUGCAGUUGAUAAUGCACAAACAGCACUUUACUCACAUCACUUAAAGCCACAAAGGAAAUCAUGACUGAAAUUUAGCCUCGUCCAUAAAUGAUCAAAUCACAGCUGAAACAGUGAUUUACUCAACUUUUCAAAUGUAAUUUUGUAUAUAUUUUAGUAAACAAUAUGACACGAUCUGCAUAAUUAAUUUUUUUUAAUGAUUUCUGCAUCUAUUAAAGUUAACUGUAAUAUCAGAAUUUGAAUUAAGAGUGUACAGCUGUGCUCUAAAAGACUGUAUUUAAGCACAAUGGUGCGUUGAGCAAAUAUUAGUAGUUCACAAUCAUAGUUUAACAUGUUAGCAUGAUUUUAUUCUUCAUACUGUAUGUUAUCAAUCUGUCAUUUUGUCAUCCUGAUUCUCUGUAUUUUGCCAUCCGAACACACAGCUUCUAUUGUAUUUUUGUCCGUCCUGGAAGAUGAAUCCCUCUUCUGUUGUUCUUCCAUUUUUUCCUCUUAGAAGGGUUUUUUUUAUCUGAUUUAAGAUUGUAAAGCCCCUUGAGGCAAAAUAGUGACAGUGCUAGAUAAAUCAAACUGACUUAAUAUGCCAACAUUCUACUAAUAUGUAAUAUAUCUAUAUAUAAAA